AUGAAAGCUCACCAAUCACGAUCAGAGGCUUGCAGGGUGAGCAUAGAAGCCACCUCGCCUCCUCCACCUCUUCCCACGGACAGAGUCAUACAGCAUGCUAAGCAAGAUCGACAGGACGACCAAGAAGUGUGUCAAAAAGUGGCUUGGCUUGCCACUACGCGCCAACCCGGAAAUUGUCCACCUCCCCUAUAUGCAGGGGGCACAAAUGUCACCCCCUCUAAUCAGCUAGCAGACAUUGCUCAAAUAGCACAUGCAAUGUACCUGCUUAAUGCCAAGGACCCCAACAUCAUGAUCACCAUAGGGACGCUCAACGACAUCGUCAGGAAGCACAUCGGGAGGACCCCCAACCCAGAUGACCUCUGCUGCUACCUUGACGGCUCCAUGGAGGGUGAGUUCGGGCUACCAAGUACUGAUAUCACCUCCAUGUGGACUAGAUUGCGGAUGGCCACUAGACGGCUCAGAAAACGCAUUGACAUCGCCUGGACCGUAGGGCCCGACAACCUGCCUACCAUCACUGCAGGAACCACCAUCAUUCGGGCAAGCGACUGCCAAAGGAUCCAGUGUAGUCUGAUGAAGGAUCUCUUUCUUAAGAGGCUCCUCACAAAACCAGACCAAGGAAAAGCCUAUGGAGUUACCACCACCAGUGCGGCAAGCAACCAUUUCCUAAAUAAUGGUAAGUACACCAGCUUUGCCGACUGGUACUUCAUACAUCGGGCUCACAUGAGUGUUGUGGCCCUCCGCGGUCACAAACGCUAUGGCAAUGACACUAAACAGUGCCGGCACUGUGGGUACACCCAUGAGACACUAGCCCACGUACUGUCAUUGCCCACCCAACCUCCAUCUAGUAACUCGCAGGGAUAA